CUUGCCGUUCGUACGCGACUUGGAGUUGAUAUUCACCUUCCCUUGCUGUCCCCACUAUGCCUCGCGAGAAUCGCAAAAGAGGAAAGAAACAUAAAAAGUCCAAAGAAGAAGAGUACCAUGCCUCGAAUCACCAGGCAGAGGAGCUUGAGCCUCAAGUCGCCGAGGAGCAGCAACCUGCAGGUCCGUCAUGGAUUGUGCGCAGGCAAGCGGAGGAGGAGAACAAAGAGGCGCCAUUUGGAUACGUCGACGCGGAGGUGAAGGCGUACUUCCGCACGGUGGACUUGCAGAUCCGCGACUGGCAGGAGCAGGGCCGUCCCGAUUUGGGCGGGGACGAGGAGUCGGAUCCAAACGAAGACAGGCGACUGUUCUUUGUUGCUGCACUGACAGAGAUGGAGGGGAAGGAAAAGCAGCUCGCGACAGAUCCGGACUGCUCGACUGUCCUGGAGAGGAUGAUCCAUUCGAUGGACGACUUCGUGCGCAGAGUGUUCAUGGACCGUCUGAGCGGAUCGUUCGAGCAGCUCGUAACGCACCGGUUCGCAUCACACGUAUCCCAAACCUUGUUCUCGGUCGCCGCAGAUACGAUAUACAGAGAGUCCCGAGGUAUCCUCCCCUCCUCGCCGGAAGACGCCAAUGACAAGGGCGAGCUUCGUACCCUCACUCAGCUCGUCCUCGACGUCUGCGACGAACUUCUCCCCACACUAUCCUCCCUUGUCCUCGACCCCUUCGCCUCGCACGUCAUCCGCGCCCUCCUGCUGACCCUCGCCCCCGCGUGCUUCCUACCCGACGCGCGCGAGCACGCCGUACGCUCGAAGAAGAGCGCGGCGUGGAAAGCCAGGCAGGGCUCGAUGAAGUCUGUGUUUGUGGAACAGCAGGAGGGCGUGAGCGCGGACCCCAAGAAGGCCCGGGUACCCGGAGAGUUCAGGAAAACGGCUGAGCGGUUUGUGAGGGCGCUGAGGGAGCAACUGGGCGAGAAUGAAGUACGUGCAUUGGCGGCGGACAAAGUCGCCAGUCCGGUCUUGCAGAUGCUCCUGGAGAUCGAAGCCGAAUAUGAUAUGGCGGAAGAAGCGGGCUCGCUCAUGGAUAGCGCUCUCGUCGGAAUGAUUUCCUCCUUGAAGCAGAAUCCCGACGCGGAACAUGAACCCUCCGACUAUCUCAAUACCCUUCUACGGGAUCCGACCGCCUCUCACCUCCUCGAAACGCUCGCGCGGCGCGCACCCACACCCGUUUUCGCUGUCCUCUGGGCGACAUACUUCGCGGGCAAGCUCGCGCGCCUCGCCGUGCACCCCGUCGCGAACUUCGUCGUUCAGAAAGCGGUGGCGCGUCUGAGCGGGGGCGAGCUUGGCCGGGCCUCCGCGGAGCUGAGCGGGGAGGUCGCAAGGAAAGUCGUGAAGGCUGGACGGGUGGGGGUGCUGCAAGCGCUCGUGGAUAGGGCAGCGGUGGUGCGUGAGUAUGAAGAGGAGGUUGUGGAUGUUGUUCGUUCGGCAUUUGGACUGGUCGACCCUGGCGACUCUAACCUCGUCGUGCCUUGCAUCCUCCGUGCGCUCGAUGUCGAGGACUACAAAGCUGCUCUUGUUGUACGGGCAGAGCAAGAUGCGAGGCACGAAGACAAGGAUGGUGAACGGCCACGAAAGCGGGCUCGUCGUGAUACAGGCAAAGAGGAGGGCGCCAUGGAGCCAAGGGUCCAAGGGGCACUCCUGCUGCAAUCACUCCUGCGUCUCUCUUCUCCGCAUAACGAAUUCGUCCUGAACAGUUUACAAUCUCUGACUAUGGACGAACAGAUCGAGAUAGCACAUCACCCUACAUCAUCGCGCGUUCUGGACGUCCUCCUGUCUUCGCCCACUGUCCCCGCGAAGCUCAAGCGCAAGUUCGUGCUCAGCUUCAUGGGCCGGUUUCACGAGCUCGUGGAUGAUCGGAUCGGCAGCCGCGUCGGCGAGCGGUGCUGGGCUGCCGCUGAUGGUUACAUGAAGGAGAAGAUCGCGCGCUCGCUGAUGCCCCAUGAACACUUCCUCGCGGGCUCGUUCUACGGGAAGUUCUUCGCGCGGGUGCUCAACCUUCAGCUGCUGAAGCGCGAUCCGGAUCGGUGGAAGGACGCUCAGACGAGUGCGGGCGCGAGCACAUCCGCUACUGCACCUCCAGCCGUACAGCCGGCGAAGGGGAUGCUCAAGGCAGACGUGGACACUCAGUCGAAGCAGGAGCCUGUAGCGGAUGCCGGCAAUGGUGACGAAAAGCCGAAGAAGCGCAAACGCAAGGCGCAGAAGGAGGACGAGAUUGAUGUCUUGUUCGAGUCUACGCUGGGCCGGAAGGUCAAGAAGAGCGAGCUUAAGCCUGUGGGAGGUGGUGAUGUGGAUGGGAAGACCCGUGUGGAGGUUGACAAGGAUGAGGAACCGGCUCGGGCGGGGAAGAAGGGGAAGAAGAGGAAAGGAGAGAUGAAAAACGAAGAUAAGGAUUUGAGGGAUGUGCUUGGUGCGAUUAAGGCUGCGCCGAAGGAUGAUGGAGGCAAGGGGAAGAAGGGUAGAUGAUAUCGAACAUUGUAUAGCUGCUUCGCGCGCAAAAGUAUCUCAACGUCUGUGUAAUUUGGGUCGUCGUAUGCAUUGCUUUUACCACCCAGUA